UUACAGGUUUGGGUUUCUUACUUUCGCGUGCGCGCGCCGUGUGCAUUGACUGUGCAUGCUUUUUGCAUGCUUUAUUUUAUUAUUUUUUUAUAUGAUAUAUAUAUUUUUUGCACCAGGUUGCCUUUUUGGCUUGAUCUCAGAAGGAGAGUGAACGCGACGGAACAAACGAGAAAAACGGAGAAAAAAGAGAGAGAAAAAAACAGCCUGAACCAGCCUCAUUUUUUCAAUUUUACGAUUUUUUAAAAUAAUUUUUCAAUUUUUUUCAACCCCGCCUGCGCCUGGGCACGUGCAGACUCCUGCCCGUGCUUUAUGAAUAUGGAUGCAACAUUUUUCUCUUGGCGCGUGCAGUAACGCCAACACCGUGCACGAGAAGGGGGGAAAGGGCGCGCGAGAGGGGGUCCGAGCCCCAAUGGCGUAACGUUUUGGAGCAGCUGAUCAACACUCUCUCACACACACACUCACACAAAGCUGCCCUGGAUGAUAUAUAACUAAAGAAGCAGUCGCUGCAGGAUGAAAACAUGGCUGCACCGCUGCUCGCACCGCCAGGACCUGACAGCUUCAAAUAUUUUACCCGGGAAUCUCUGGUUAACAUCGAGAAGCGCAUCGCCGAGGAGAAAGCCAAGCCUCCGCCCAAGCCCGACAGCAGCUACCGCGACGAUGACGACGAGAACAAGCCCAAGCCCAACAGCGACCUGGAGGCGGGCAAAGGACUGCCGUUCAUCUACGGCGACAUCCCGUCGGGGAUGGUGGCGACACCGCUGGAGGACCUCGAUCCCUACUACUUGAGUCAGAAAACAUUUAUAGUGCUAAACAAAGGGAAAACAAUCUUCCGCUUUAGUGCCACACCGUCCCUGUACAUGAUAAGCCCUUUUAAUAUUUUUAGGCGAAUAGCUAUUAAAAUUUUGAUACAUUCAUUAUUCAGCAUGAUCAUCAUGUGUACCAUUUUGACCAACUGUGUAUUCAUGACCUUUAGUAAUCCUCCCGAGUGGUCCAAACAAGUAGAGUACACUUUCACAGGAAUUUAUACUUUCGAAUCAGCUGUAAAAAUCAUUGCCCGUGGAUUCUGUAUAGACGACUUCACAUUCCUAAGAGAUCCAUGGAACUGGCUGGAUUUCAUGGUCAUCUCAAUGGCAUAUGUAACAGAGUUUGUGGACCUGGGGAAUGUAUCUGCGCUGAGAACGUUCAGAGUUCUCCGAGCAUUGAAAACUAUCUCUGUCAUUCCAGGUCUGAAGACCAUUGUUGGCGCCUUGAUCCAGUCAGUGAAGAAGCUGUCGGACGUGAUGAUCCUCACUGUUUUCUGCCUCAGUGUGUUUGCUCUGAUCGGCCUUCAGCUCUUCAUGGGGAACCUGCGGCAGAAGUGUGUUAUCUGGCCCAUCAACAUCACGGAAAGCUACCAAGGCAACAGCAGCCGCUUUGACUGGAAUGAAUACAUCAUGAACGAGACCAAUUUCUACUUCCUCCCUGGCACUCUGGAUGCUCUUUUAUGUGGAAACAGCUCAGACUCUGGCCGUUGUCCAGAGGGCUACACAUGUAUGAAGGCUGGAAGGAAUCCAAACUACGGCUACACCAGCUUCGACAGCUUUGGCUGGGCCUUCCUGGCUCUUUUCCGCCUCAUGACGCAAGACUUUUGGGAGAACUUGUACCAGCUGACUCUGCGGGCAGCAGGGAAAACUUACAUGAUCUUCUUCGUGCUGGUGAUCUUCGUGGGUUCUUUUUACCUGGUGAAUCUGAUCCUGGCUGUGGUAGCCAUGGCUUACGAAGAGCAGAAUCAGGCCACCAUGGAAGAGUCUGAACGGAAAGAGGCAGAGUUUAAAGCUAUGCUAGAGCAGCUGAAGAAACAGCAAGAGGAUGCUCAGGCGAAUGCCAUGGCAACCUCAGCAGGUACCGUAUCAGAGGAUGCAGUGGAGGAUGAUGGAGGGGGGAACCUGUCGUGCAGCUCCUCAGAGAUGUCCAAACUCAGCUCCAAGAGUGCCAAAGAACGGCGGAACCGUAAAAAGAAGUGGAAACAGAAGGAGCAAGACAAGGAGAAGGGAGACAGUGAGAAAUUUGUCAAGUCUGAAUCGGAUGAUGGCAGCAAAAGGAGCAGGUUCCGCUUUCCUGACAACCGCUUAGGCCGCAGGACCUCCAUCAUGAACCAGUCUCUCCUCAGCAUCCCCGGCUCACCCUUCUUGUCACGGCACAACAGUAAGAGCAGCAUCUUCAGCUUCAAGGGCCGCUGUCGGGAUGCAGGUUCUGAAAACGAGUUUGCGGACGAUGAGCACAGCACAGUGGAGGAGUGCGAGGAGCGACGCGGCUCGCUCUUCAGCCCCUACCGCCGCAGCAGCUACAGCGGCUACCACGGCAAGCGCAAUAGCACGGUGGACUGCAACGGCGUGGUGUCCCUGAUCGGGCCUGGGCCUGGAGGACGCCUUCUGCCUGAGGUGAUAAUAGAUAAGGCAGCUUCUGAUGACAGCCCAACGACUGACGUUGAGAUUAAGAAGAAACUCUCAGGCUCUCUAAUGGUGUCUAUGGACCAACUUAAUGCUUCUUUUGGGCGCAAAGAACGGGCAAACAGUGUCAUGAGUGUUAUUACCAACACAUUAGUAGAAGAACUGGAAGAGUCUCAGAGGAAGUGUCCACCAUGUUGGUACAAGUUUGCGAAUAUCUUCCUGAUCUGGGAGUGCUGUCCUGCGUGGCUGAAGAUUAAGGAGAUUGUGAACCUGAUCGUGAUGGACCCCUUUGUGGACCUGGCCAUCACUAUAUGCAUCGUCCUCAACACUCUCUUCAUGGCCAUGGAGCACUAUCCAAUGACUCCGCAGUUCGAGCAUGUGCUGUCAGUGGGCAACUUGGUGUUUACAGGAAUUUUCACUGCCGAAAUGUUUGCCAAGCUGGUUGCUAUGGACCCAUACUACUACUUCCAGGAGGGCUGGAACAUCUUUGAUGGUUUUAUCGUGAGCUUGAGCUUGAUGGAACUUGGACUGGCCAAUGUGGAAGGCCUCUCUGUUUUGAGAUCAUUCCGAUUGCUGAGAGUAUUUAAACUGGCCAAGUCUUGGCCGACUCUUAACAUGCUGAUCAAGAUCAUCGGGAACUCGGUAGGGGCUCUGGGAAACCUAACCCUUGUGCUGGCCAUCAUCGUCUUCAUCUUUGCUGUGGUGGGCAUGCAGCUGUUUGGGAAGAGCUAUAAAGACUGUGUGUGUAAGAUCGCUCAGGACUGUGAACUUCCUCGCUGGCACAUGAACGACUUCUUCCAUUCCUUCCUGAUUGUUUUCCGUGUGCUGUGUGGAGAGUGGAUCGAGACCAUGUGGGACUGCAUGGAGGUGGCAGGACAGGCCAUGUGUCUCAUCGUUUUUAUGAUGGUCAUGGUCAUCGGAAACUUAGUGGUGCUGAAUCUGUUCCUUGCCUUGCUACUGAGCUCCUUCAGUGCAGACAACCUGGCAGCUACUGACGACGACGGCGAGAUGAAUAACCUGCAGAUCUCUGUGAACCGUAUCAAGACUGGCAUCGCCUGGUUCAAGGCUAAAGUACGACAGCUGGUGGCCAUCAUACUGAAGAGGAAGGUCACAGAUGAGGCCAAGCCCCUGGAUGAACUUUACGACAGGAAGCUUAACUGCAUUGCCAACCAUACGGGCGUGGACAUCAACCGCGAUCUGGACUACCAGAAGAAUGGCAACGGCACCACCAGUGGCAUAGGCAGCAGCGUGGGCAAAUAUAUGAUCGACGAAGACCACAUGUCCUUCAUCCACAACCCCAACCUGACUGUGUGUGUUCCCAUAGCUGUGGGAGAGUCAGACUUCGAGAAUCUCAACACAGAGGACUUCAGUAGCGAGUCAGAGGCUGAGGGCAGCAAAGAUGGGCUGGAUGACAGCAGUUCGUCAGAAGGCAGCACUAUAGAUAUUAAACCAGAGGUGGAGGAGGCUGUGGUGGUGGAGGCAGUGGAGGAGUAUUUGGACCCGGAAGCCUGCUGGACUGAAGCUUGCAUUGCGCGCUACAAGUGCUGUGAUGUCCCCAUCACGGAAGGCUGGGGAAAAAACUGGUGGUACCUUCGGAAAACAUGCUAUCUGAUUGUGGAGCACAACUGGUUCGAAACCCUCAUCAUCUUCAUGAUCCUGCUCAGUAGUGGAGCACUGGCUUUUGAAGACGUGUACAUUGAGCAGAGGAAGACCAUCCGGAUCAUCCUGGAGUACGCUGACAGAGUGUUCACCUAUAUCUUCAUCUUGGAGAUGCUGCUCAAAUGGGUGGCGUAUGGUUUUGUCAAGUACUUCACCAACGCCUGGUGCUGGCUGGACUUCUUCAUUGUGGACGUGUCUAUAGUCAGCCUUAUAGCUAAUGCGCUGGGCUACUCCGAUCUAGGGCCCAUUAAAUCACUCAGGACACUCAGGGCCCUGAGACCACUCAGAGCAUUGUCACGUUUUGAAGGGAUGAGGGUGGUAGUCAACGCCCUGGUGGGUGCCAUCCCUUCCAUUAUGAAUGUGUUGCUGGUUUGCCUCAUCUUUUGGCUGAUUUUCAGUAUCAUGGGGGUCAAUCUGUUUGCGGGCAAGUAUUACUACUGUUACAACGCCACUGCAGAGGAGUACUUCGAUCCAGAUGAGGUGAACAACAAAACGCAGUGCUUUGAGCUCAUCAAUCAGAAUUUUACUGAAGUGCGCUGGAAGAACGUCAAGAUUAAUUUCGACAACGUGGGUGCCGGCUACCUGGCUCUGCUCCAAGUGGCUACCUUCAAAGGCUGGAUGGAUAUCAUGUACGCAGCUGUUGACUCACGAAGGGUGGAAGACCAGCCCAUGUAUGAGGACAACAUCUACAUGUACAUUUACUUUGUCAUCUUCAUUAUUUUUGGUUCAUUUUUCACUCUCAACCUGUUCAUUGGUGUCAUCAUCGACAAUUUCAACCAGCAAAAGAAAAAGUUUGGAGGUCAGGAUAUCUUUAUGACAGAAGAACAGAAGAAAUACUACAACGCAAUGAAGAAGCUAGGAUCAAAGAAACCACAGAAACCCAUACCUAGACCGCAGAACAAGAUCCAGGGGAUGGUGUUUGACUUUGUGACGCAGCAGGUCUUUGACAUCUCCAUCAUGAUCCUCAUCUGCCUGAAUAUGGUGACUAUGAUGGUGGAAACGGACGAUCAGUCUGAUGAGACGGAGAACAUCCUCUACUGGGUCAACUUCAUCUUCAUUGUGGUCUUCACGUCUGAGUUCGUCCUCAAGCUCUUUGCCCUGCGCCAUUACUACUUUACUAAUGGUUGGAAUAUAUUUGACUGCGUUGUGGUCAUUCUUUCUAUCGUAGGAAUGUUCCUGGCGGAUCUGAUCGAGAAGUACUUUGUGUCGCCGACGUUGUUCAGGGUCAUCCGUCUGGCCCGAAUCGGUCGCAUCCUGCGUCUGAUCAAAGGGGCCAAGGGCAUCCGAACUUUACUGUUUGCCCUGAUGAUGUCACUGCCAGCUCUGUUCAACAUCGGCCUGCUGCUGUUCCUGGUCAUGUUCAUCUUCUCCAUCUUCGGGAUGUCCAACUUCGCCUACGUCAAACGGGAGGCGGGUAUCGACGACAUGUACAACUUUGAAACCUUCGGGAACAGCAUGAUCUGCCUGUUUAUGAUCACCACCUCUGCAGGGUGGGACGGUCUGUUGGCUCCCAUCCUCAACUACGCUCCCGACUGCGACCCUAAUAAAGAGAAUCCGGGCACCACGGUGAAGGGUAACUGCGGCAAUCCUUCCGUGGGCAUUUUCUUCUUUGUCAUGUACAUCAUUGUGUCUUUCUUGAUUGUGGUGAACAUGUACAUCGCCAUCAUCCUGGAGAACUUCAGCGUGGCGACAGAAGAGAGCGCAGAUCCUCUGUGUGAGGACGACUUUGAGUCUUUCUACGAGAUCUGGGAGAAGUUUGACCCCACUGCCUCGCAGUUUAUUUCAUUCGCAAAGCUUAGUGACUUCGCCGACACUCUGGAGCACCCGCUGCGGGUGCCCAAACCCAACACUAUAGAACUCAUCGCCAUGGACCUGCCCAUGGUGAGCGGAGACCGCAUACACUGCCUGGACAUUCUGUUCGCCUUCACCAAGCGCGUCCUGGGCGACAGUGGCGACUUGGACAUGAUGCGUCAGCAGAUGGAGGAGCGCUUCAUUGCCGCCAACCCCUCCAAGGUGUCCUUUGAGCCCAUUACCACAACUAUGCGACGCAAGCAGGAGCACAUGUCCGCUCAGGUCAUCCAGCGAGCUUACCGCGCUCACCUGGUGCGCCAAGGUUUCAUCUGCAAAAGGUUCCUCGGCAGCAGCAGGCUGGAGAACGGAGGGACCAACCAGGACAAGAAGGAAGGAACACCGUCUACUGCCUCACUGCCCUCCUACGACAGUGUGACCAAACCUGAGAAAGAGAAACUGGACGACAGCGAAAGCAAAGGCAAGAAAGGCAAAAACCAAAAAGACGUUAAGGAAUCUAAGUGUUAAAAGUAUGAACAGAGGGAAUGAACAGAAAGAGACAUUAAGAAUUAAAAGGAAACUCUGUAUCCGUUCAAACAAAUGUACAAAAAAUCUUUUCAAAGAAAACCCAGAAAAUCCGAAAAAAAAAGUUGUUUACAGACUUCUGAGCUGCGCCAGUGCAGAAAAAGCAGCAUGGUUUCUUACCACGUUGAUUACGACCAAACCAAACCAUAACGAGCUUACCGCAUGGCGCCUGAGCUCAGCAACCAAGAUUCCGCUGCUUGAACAGCAGCCAGAGCGACAAAAACGUAUAAUAAUAUUCAGCAAGAAAAGCCCAUGGCAGAUAACUUCAAUCGGGACCACCUGCCAUAGGACUGAGCGGUAUACAGAGUAGACGUUUUAAAGAUGGCUUCUUUCACACCACUAUGUGUGGAGUUCAGCAUUCCUCCACUACGAAUUUACCCCUUACAAAAAAAACACUACACUGCCGAAAUCCAGUGGAAUCCUCCCACUUGGUAACACAGGAAGGUUUCUGGAACAUUUUCAUGUGACUACCGGAAAGGAACAGUUCCUAGCAGAGAUGGUGAAAAUGAGAGAAGAUACUGAGAAAAUGAAAAAAGAGAAAAAACUUAACAAAAAAAAAACCCAGAACAAUAUGCAAGGGUUUUUUUCAGUUGUGUGUGAUCAGUAUACUUGCAUCUUUACAUUAUUUGGUCAGCAAAAAAAGAAGGUUUUAAAAAAAAGAGAAACAUUCAGCCCAUGUCACACUAGUCUUUUCAUCAUCUCUUUGUUAUACUUGCGUAAAAAAGACAUUUUUUACAUGGGCUUUCACACUGCAAUUGGGUAGGCGGGGGGUCAUUUAUCAGGGUUUUGACUUGGGCUGAAAGGAACUUGCUCAGACCAGGUUCCAGAUAAAUAAGUAAUUAAUUGUGCUCGUUCAAUGCAUAGAAAUGACUUGCAUGGUGGCAUGUUUUGAUCAGAAAUCAUGCAUGUGUAAUCAUAGUCCACUUGACACUUCUGCUCAGACCACAGACGUGGCUUGAACACAAGUUUGAGGCUGUCCACUGGCAACACAUUUCAGUAGAAAUUCCACUGGAAAGGGAACCAAUUGGGAACAUUAUCCAAAAACUGGGUUUUUGCAAAUAUAUGUAUUUGUAUUCGUACUUACCCAUUCAUACGCAUUGCUUUACAACUACUCAACACUCAACACAUCAUGCAAGAUCUAGUCGUCAGUGGAAGAUCAAACGUCUUUUUAUUAUUUAUUUUUAUUUUUAUUUUUUUUACAAUAUAUGUCGUGGUGCACUUGAAGGAUCUCUACACUCACUUACAAACGGUGUUUCACUGCCCUAGACUUUAGGAACUUCCAGAAAGAUGCACUGAAGUUUAGAAAUAACUCUAUAAUUCAAAUCAAAUCUUGGGGCCAACGAACCCUGAUUUGUUUUUCUUUCCACCAGCAAUGUGGUUUGACCCUUUGUUUCUAGUCUUUUGUGUGCAGUCAAGGGUCUUUUUAAAGCUGAACUUCAUACAUUCAAGGUAUCUACAUAUAUAUCUAUAUAUAUAUAAGGUUGCAGCGAGCCACCAUGCCAAUGUAAUCAUGUAAUCUCUUACAAUGCUUUGUCUGUCAGUCGGGACCAGGCCUCAAUUGGAGGUGAUUUCUUUAACAUGCGUUUUAUGUUGAGACUCUCUGUUUUCUCUGUACUUUUUGUUUGUUUUUUUGUUAAUGUUUUGAAGGUAACUCUUACAUACACGCUCAUUCUGAUCAUAUCAGGGGGUUGUUGAUGUGCUUUGUCUUGGUGAAGAAGCUAGCGAGAGGGAGCAGUAGGGUAGCUACGCUAUUUUGAACGCGUCCACACGUCCGCCGAUGACCGGUUUUAAUGUUUUAAUGGGGAUAAUCUUUCUGACUGUUGAUUGGUGUUGAGUGAAUAGACCGUAUCCAGAGUGCAUGAUACUUAUAUAUGAUAUGAUAUAUGAUGUACUUGAGGCCUGACGCUCUUGUCUGAGAAGGAGGAGUUAGUGUGCCUAAUGCUGCAGGUUAUAUAGGAGGUAUAACAUCAUCAGUUCAAAUAUAUGUUUAAUAUUAAACUAUUGCCAUUAUUGUUUUAGGUGCAGAUGCCUAUAUGACAACGUAAAGACACUACGUUUGGCACCUCUCGAGCAAACUGCCAUCCAAUUUUGCUCUUGAUGCAAAACCUCUCUUUUUGUACACCUUGAAAGAGAAAGAAAUGACUUCUUUAUGCUAUUAUUCUCUCGCUCUGUGUCUCUUUAAGGAGAUUCCACUCACAGCAUGGGCUAUCCCAGAGUGUCUGUCCGUCCAUCACAAGUUACAGGGAAUUGGAGAACAAGUUUUACAAAUAUGAUCAGUAGUUAAAGUCUUUUUUAUGACGAGGACUUCAGAGGUGUUGAGAGAUUUUUUUUUUAAAAGGUCAAACUUGCUCUUACCUGCCAUGCUCUUCUCUGACGUACAAGGGGCUGAAGACUAGUCCCUAGUCCAGUAGUGAACCGGGCACUCUGCGUCACCACGCCCGGAGUCAGAGAAUUUACACCAUCAGAGCCUGUGUGUAUGCACGCAUGCGUGAAUGUAUGUAUGUAUGUAUGUGUGUAUGAGAAUGUGUGUGUGUGUGUGUGUGUGUGAGACUGUUGUGUAUUUUAGUGUUUACAGCCCCACUCCCCCUCUCCCUCUCAGACCUGCCUGUGGGUCUGCCUACUGCCUACUGUCUCCAAAUCAGAGUGGGACUGUGGACUCCAUCCAAAUCAGUGCCCAGCGGAAAGAAAGCAUAGACUACCAUGCAAUUUCUCCUAAAAAACAAAACAAAACAAAAAACAAACAAACCAAACCACACCUCCCUCUCCUCCCUCCCCGAAUCCUGUACUGUUGUACUGUGUUGUAAAAAAAAACACAUUUACACACUGUAUGACACACUGUAUGUUAAUGUAUCGUUCAGUGGGGGGCUAUGAUGUACAUGGCACAAUUGCUGAAAACGUGAAUAAGAAGAAGAAGAAGAAUAAACUUGAGAGACGAGAA